GCCCUUAAGAAUUAUUUAUACAUAAAAAAAAUCAUGCGCAGAAGUAAUAUUUUUAUCAGUAUAUGUUGUUUCAAAACCACAAAGAGAUUUACAUUAAGAAAAUGUAAUAGUUUGAGCGUUGUAUAGACUACAAAGUAUUCUAUUGCGGGCUUCAAUUGGAUAUACGCUUAUAUUCGGUGCCACACAAUGGACGUCCAUCGGAUUGAAGUUCCUUUGCGAUCUGGAGGUGGAAAGAAAAUGAAAAAACGAAGGGAGCUCGAUGCCCUUAUAGCACAGUCAUCUUCGUCCAAAAGAAACACCCGUAGAACUGGAGGAGCGACGCACUCCCAGGACAAGUUACUCUCAGUUUCAACGGAUGACCCAGAGGAUUAUGCAUGGACAAAUGUUGCUGGCGCUACCCGUCGUAGUCAUCGGAAAAUGGCAUACUUUCGCAUGUGUGGACCCCUACUCUUAGGGAUCAUUGGCAUUUUAAUUGUUUCUAUAUUGUACUGGCUCUAUUUCGAUCUUCGCCAACAAAUGUCUGAUUACCGUCAGAAAAUCGAAGAAGUAUCUGCCAUGAGCAAAAACUUCCCGGAUACUCUGCAAAGGUGGCAUGAGACAUCGUCCUAUCUGAUGAAGAAUCAAACGGCAGUUAUUUACGAAAUAAAUGAAUUGCAAAAAGCUGUAGAGGGCUUGCGCAUGAACUUUAGCAGUCUAGAGGCAGCAGUGGCUGUUCAAAGGAAUCACGGAAAGGAUGAGAAGAUGGUGGCCGACUUUGGAGCCAAGAUAGAAGCAGUCGCUACAGACAUUGAAGGUAUAAAGGAGCAUUACAACAAGUAUAUCGAGGUUCAGAAAAGUAUUCAAGCGGAAACGGAAGCUUUGAAGGCUAAUUUGUCACAGUUGCCCAUGCUGCAUGCCAACGAGUUGCCCACAAAUUUAUCGGAUGAUAUUGCAGAUCUUAAUCGAACCACACUUAACUCCUUGAAGAUGCUGUCAAACGACUUGAAAGUCGUGAAUAAUACAUUAAGCCAAACAACGAACAUGCUGGGAGAGGAAAUAUCACUGCACAAAACCAAAAUAGAUGAUUUGAUGGAUCGUUCGGAAAAUGUAACAUCGCAUGUGGCCACCAUAAGCAAUAGCUGGCCGGAAUACAAGCAAAAAGUAGCAAACUUUGAAGAGGCCUUGGAUAAAACUGAAAAAGAAAUAUCCCUCUUAACCAACAAGAAUACAAUGCUUUCUGCUGCUGUUGAGCAGUUGAAGAAUUUUUGCAUCCAGCGUAUGGAUACAAACGGCGAAGAUGCAUCAAUUAUUCCAAAGCCCGACGUCAAAGCCUCUGGUCAGGAAUUUAUAAAUCCGUCAGGAAAUGCCACAGUCAAAUUACAGGAAAGCCCCACACUGUAAGAAAUGUAAUACUGUACAAGUACAUUGGUGGAAUUUCGUCUAAGCUAACAUUUAUUCAAUCCCCAUAGCCCAUAAGCCUUGGUGGGCUAUAAGUAGGAAAGUCACAGCCAACGAUUGAAAAAUAUUACAUUUAACACACGAAAACUGCAAUGUACAUAUAGUUCGGAGAGCUAUCUAAUUUAAUGACAAAAAAUAUGAUGGGGGUUGUACGAGUACUCGUGUGAUUUCAGUUAAGUUUACUUUUAAAGUCCGUCUUAGAAAAGGUAAUUGUAAAUAAAAGUUUGUAAGGCAAUGCAAUAUAUUUCUUUAUAGGUACAAUAUGCAUUUUAUGUCCAAAUAAUAAACGAUUCAAGCUCACAA